AGCGGGCGGUGACGGCGGCGGCGGCGAAGGAGGAGGCAGCGGCUGGGCCCGGGCCCCGUGCGUCUGUCCGCCCCCCGUGGAUGCGAAUCGGCCGCGGCGGAGGCGGCGGCGGCGGCGGCGGCGGAGGAGGAGGAGUCGGUGGGCCCGCGCCUGGCCUGUGGGAGCGCGGAGGAUGAGGCCGCUGCCGGGCGCCCCUGGCGUGGCGGCGGCCGCCGCGCUGUUGCUGCUGCUGCUAUCCCGAGCCCGAGCGGACGAGCACGAACACACGUAUCAAGAUAAAGAGGAAGUUGUCUUAUGGAUGAAUACUGUUGGGCCCUACCAUAAUCGCCAAGAAACCUAUAAGUACUUUUCACUUCCAUUCUGUGUGGGGUCAAAAAAAAGUAUCAGCCAUUACCAUGAAACUCUGGGAGAAGCACUUCAAGGAGUUGAGUUGGAAUUUAGUGGUCUGGAUAUCAAAUUUAAAGAUGAUGUGAUGCCAGCCACUUACUGUGAAAUUGACUUAGAUAAAGAAAAAAGAGAUGCAUUUGUGUAUGCUAUCAAAAAUCACUACUGGUACCAGAUGUACAUAGAUGACUUACCAAUAUGGGGUAUUGUUGGUGAAGCAGAUGAAAAUGGAGAAGAUUACUAUCUUUGGACCUACAAAAAACUUGAAAUAGGUUUUAAUGGAAAUCGAAUUGUUGAUGUUAAUCUUACUAGUGAAGGGAAGGUGAAAUUGGUUCCAAAUACUAAAAUACAGAUGUCAUAUUCAGUAAAAUGGAAAAAGUCAGAUGUAAAAUUUGAAGAUCGAUUUGACAAAUAUCUUGAUCCAUCCUUUUUUCAACAUAGGAUUCAUUGGUUUUCAAUUUUUAACUCCUUCAUGAUGGUGAUCUUCUUGGUGGGCUUAGUUUCAAUGAUUUUAAUGAGAACUUUAAGAAAAGAUUAUGCCCGGUAUAGUAAAGAGGAAGAAAUGGAUGACAUGGAUAGAGACCUAGGAGAUGAAUAUGGAUGGAAGCAGGUACAUGGAGAUGUAUUUAGACCAUCCAGUCACCCGCUGAUAUUUUCCUCUCUCAUUGGUUCUGGAUGCCAGAUAUUUGCUGUAUCUCUCAUUGUUAUUAUUGUUGCAAUGAUAGAAGACUUAUAUACAGAGAGGGGAUCAAUGCUCAGCACAGCCAUAUUUGUCUAUGCUGCUACAUCGCCAGUGAAUGGUUAUUUUGGAGGAAGUCUGUAUGCUAGACAAGGAGGAAGGAGAUGGAUAAAGCAGAUGUUUAUUGGGGCAUUCCUUAUUCCAGCUAUGGUGUGUGGCACUGCCUUCUUCAUCAACUUCAUAGCCAUUUAUUACCAUGCCUCAAGAGCCAUUCCUUUUGGAACAAUGGUGGCCGUUUGUUGCAUCUGCUUUUUUGUUAUUCUUCCUCUAAAUCUUGUUGGUACAAUACUUGGCCGAAAUCUGUCAGGUCAGCCCAACUUCCCUUGUCGAGUCAAUGCUGUGCCUCGUCCUAUACCGGAGAAAAAAUGGUUUAUGGAGCCUGCAGUUAUUGUUUGCCUGGGAGGAAUUUUACCUUUUGGCUCAAUCUUCAUUGAAAUGUAUUUCAUCUUCACAUCUUUCUGGGCGUAUAAGAUCUACUAUGUCUAUGGCUUCAUGAUGCUGGUGCUGGUCAUCCUGUGCAUUGUGACGGUCUGUGUGACCAUUGUGUGCACGUACUUCCUGCUGAAUGCAGAAGAUUAUAGGUGGCAGUGGACAAGCUUCCUCUCUGCUGCAUCAACCGCAAUCUAUGUUUACAUGUACUCCUUUUACUACUAUUUUUUCAAAACAAAGAUGUAUGGCUUAUUUCAAACAUCAUUUUACUUUGGAUAUAUGGCGGUAUUUAGCACAGCCUUGGGGAUAAUGUGUGGAGCAAUUGGUUACAUGGGAACAAGUGCCUUUGUCCGAAAAAUCUAUACUAAUGUGAAAAUUGACUAGAGAUCCAAGAAAACCUGGAACUUUCUCCUUCAUAGUGGUGGAACUUGCACAGCAAAAAAACAAAACAAACAAAUGCAAGAAGCGAUUUGGGCUUAACAUUGGGCACUUGGUGGGUCUCUCUUUUGUGGAUGGCUUAAAGUAGCAUCUAUUUCCAUUGAUCCUAGGUUCUUACUGACUGCUUUCUCCAACUGUUCUCAGCAAAUGCUUGGAUUUUAUGCAGUAGGCAUUAACUACAGUACAUGGCUAAUCUUCCCAAAACUAGCUCAUUAAAGAUGAAAUAGACCAGCUCUCUUCAGUGAAGAGGACAAAUAGUUUAUUUAAAGCAUUUGUUCCAAUAAAAUAAGCAGAGGGAAACUUGGAUGCUAAAAUUACAUAAGUAGAAAUCUUCCUGGCACUUAGUAUUUCUAUGUUACUGAAAAAAUGAUGUUCCAGAGAGAUUACUUUUUUUCCUUUUAUUUUUACUGCCAUUGUUGACCUAUUGUGGGACAUUUUUAUAUAUUGAAUCUGGGUUCUUUUUUGACAUGUUUUUCAUUGGUUUUUCCCCUCAAUUUAACUGCAUCCUUUUUUUAAAAAAAGAAUUUAACAUUAUUAAAUUCUGCAUGUAAUAUAUCUACUGUUGUCUUGUUGGACCAACUUCCCAUUUAUUUAAGAUUAUCCACUUACAUCUUAAUUACAUCCAAAGAAGAUACAGUCCGAAGACAGAGUUGUACUCUCUAUAAUGCAAUUUAUUGUAUAGGUAGAAAGCAAAGUGUUAAAUGGAGAAGAUACUUGUUUUUAUUAAACAUUUUGAGAUUUAGAUAAACUACAUUUUAACUGAAUAUCUAAAGUGAUUAUCUUUUUUUCCCCCCACGUUAGUCUUACAUCUUUUUGGGGUUUGAAUGAAGGCUUUACAUAAGAAAUUAUUAAAAGCAGGGGAGGGUGGGUAAUAAAUGUAUAUAACAUUAAAUAAUGUAACGUAGGUGUAGAUUCCCAAAUGCGUUUGGAUGUACAGAUUGACUGCGGAGUACUUUUUUCUGAUGAUAAUUGGUGUAGAAAUGUGUGAAUUUGGGUGGCUUUUUACAUCUUGCCUACCAUUGCAUGAAACAUUGGGGUUUCUUCAAAAUGUGUGUCAUACUUCUUUUGGGCGGAGGGUUGUUUUCUUCUGUUUCUUUUCUGAGACUCCUACAGGAGCUAAAUUUGUAAUUUAGAAACAUUUAAUUUUGUUAAUCCUGUCUGGGACACUUAAGUAACAUCUAAAGCAUUACCGCUUUAGAAUGUUCAAAUAAAAUUUCCUGACCAAAUUGUUUUGUGGAAAUAGAUGUGUUUGCAAUUUGAAGAUACCUGUUCAAAAGGCAGUAUUACUGAAUGCCAGGCUUUUUUUUAAUAUAUACACACACACAUACAUACAUACAUACAUACAUACUAUAAAAUGUGCUUUUCAAAUACAGAGGGACGUACACUCUAAAAUGCCCAUGCUUGGCUAUGUCUAGAUUAUCCAGAACAGUCGUAAAAUGAAUGACAAGCCCUUUGAAUGAAGUUGUGGCACAAAAUCUGUUCAGGUUGGUAUGAUGUGGGGGUCAGGUGGUUAUAGCUCUUUUAUUGGGUGAACAAAUAAAGGCUAUAGUUCUUUAAAAGAAGAGGCUUUAAUUUCGAAUACAUUUUUCUGGAACUAUCCAUAAUGUGAAGUUUUUCUAGAACCAUUGAUUCUAGUUCAAUAGUUUGCUAUGCAAAUGACCACCUGAAACAAUAUUGUACAUUGGUGUUUUAGAAAGACUCAAAUCACCUGUAUUAAACCUUAGUGUAAAACUCAUGCAGGUAAUAGUUACAUAAGAUGUUUUCAUUAUAAAAUAUGUUUCUAUAAACUGAUGGAUUCCGUAUCCUAUACUGUGGCAUGGAAGGCCUAUGAAGAGUGAAAAUUUGAUUUCUUCCCAUUUAAGUAUGGUUGAUAAGAGCAAACAAAUUUGCAUAGAAGCUAUCUGUAGAUUAUCUUCAACCCAGAGUACACUGGAUUGUCCAUUUUUCUCUUCACACCUGCCUUUAUGAUCUUAAAAAAACCCAAAAGUCACUAAUUCCUUAUAUCACAUAACUUUUUAACACAUAGUCUAUCUGAUGGAGUAUAAAUUGAAUAACAAACUUUAUCUUAGUAAAAUGCAACUGGUUUUUCAUAAUAAUCUUGCAGAUAAGAUGAAGGUCUUAAAGAAUGUGGUUUAGCUGUUCCAGGUGUACCAGUUCUUUCUGAGUUGAAGAAGUUCUUUGGAAUCUGUAGUAAAAAGUAACUUUCUGACUUUCAAAUACAUUAAGAACAUUCAAAUUAAUAUAAAUCACCUGGAAAAGCCCUUUACAAAAGGACUUAUGUAUGGGCAUGGUGGCUCAUGCCUGUAAUCCCAGAUAUGCAGGAAGCAGAGAUAAGGAGGAUCACAUUUGAGGCCAGUUAUGCCAAAAAAGUUAAUUAGACUUGAUCUGGAAGCACAAGCUGGGUGUGAUGGUACAUGCCUGUUACCACAGCUAUGAGAGAGGUGUAGGUAGGAAGAUCACAGAAGCAUGAGAUCCUAUCUGAAAAAUAACUAAAGUGAAAAGAACUAGGGGUGUGGCUCCAGUGCAAGGCUCUGAGUUAAAACUGAAAAUUAAAAACAGGAUUUAUGUUGGUUUCUGACUUCAUAGACUAAAUACAUGUGUGACUUGACGAAGAUAGAGUUCACAAUGGCUUAGCUCCCUAGCUCUCAGUUGUAGAAGAAUACAGUAGAAUAUUAUGUAAUUGAAGGGUUGGGUUUUUUUGCUCCAUUAGUGCUGUGCAUAUCAUUCAUUUGCUAGCAUUAUUUGCUCAGCUCAUCAACUAACAUUUCAGACACUCUGAGAAGCAAAGCAUACACUUUCUCUGUAUCUUUAAGCAUGCAUCCCCUGAAAUUUAACUGCUUUAGAAGUAUCUCCUGGUACAAGAGUAGGAUAAAAUAGAAAUGUAAUGGCUGAAGGGAAUGUAAAGCAUUCUUUAGUUAUCAUGUCGAACUCCUAGGUUAUACUGAGUUUGCCCACGAAUCAAGUCCCGUACUCUUAGAAUUCAUUAUUAAAUUUGGGUCACAUCUGAACCUAGUGAAUGGUAUGCUUGGAUGUUUUCCACUGAGAGUGGACAGACCCCUUUAUAAAGGUGGUUGCUGCAAAUUCCAAUUCUUCCAAAAGCCACUUUAUUUAGGGUUUAUCCACAAAUUGUGUUCAUUUUGAUACAGUUUUUGUUUCUUAAAUGUUUAUUAACCACCUAUGCCAAAUGUCUUGCAAAUAGCUUUUAAACUUCUGGAUUUUUACAAGUGUAAAAAAGAAAAAGUUGUAUUAAUGUAAUUUGUUCAGGAAAAGCUACAUACCGAAGGGCUUCUGUAUAUGAAUUCUAGGGGAAAAGCCUAUUUGUAAAAAUGUACACACUGCAGUUCCUUCUGGGUUUUAAGUAGAUUUCAUUUUGUCUUACUGCUUCAUUCUAUUGAUUUAUUGGAACAUGUAAUAAGUAGGAGUAGUAAUGUAUGAAAACACAUACUCAUGUUUUAUAUUUUCUUGUAAAAUUGUAGUUAUGAAGCUAAUUUUAGCAAUCAAGGUGUUAAAGAGAUCAAAGAUGUGGAAAUUUAGUGAGAUUGGAAGAGUGUACAGAAAUAGACUAGCUUUGACAGGGUAGAACAGAAAAGUAACAGAUACUUUUGUAAGAUUUAAAUUCAGUAUGAGGAAUAACUAGUUCUCUCCUGUAAGCAUUUCCUAAAAGGCAUCUGAAUUGAGUUGCUUUUAUUGGCACUGUAGAUAAGAAUGUGCAAAGGCAAAAAUAAAGUCAAUUCUUAAUCCACUGUUAGGAAAUGGAAACAAAUUGCUAUGAAAGCUGCUUAUAACAGCACUGGUGAGCUGGGCUUGUGAUAACUGACUAGCAGAGUGGUAUACAUUCAUCCCACUCAUCUGGUUGGGUCAUUUGAAAGUUACAAAGGUUAUAAGCCAUAGCUUAAGGCAAGGAAGAAAAGAUACAGAGUUUUAUUUGAAGGACAACAGAACAUUCUUGGAAAAGCAGUCCAAUUUGGGUUUUUCAUCUGCGUUAAACUUGAACCUACAAAUCCCCAGAAUGCAUGGACAAUCAACAAGAAUUGGAAGGAAAUAAUGAUUGCCCAAUGAUCACUCCAUUUUGUAUGCACCCUUGGUUUGUUUAGGCCAUAUUCCAACUGGCUUUUUAGUAAUAGACAUCCAGUAUAUAAUGUAUCAAAUAAAAUUGAGGUUCAA